GCUGCUGCGUGAUUUAUACGUGUUUUAAAAAAAUAUAAAUUUACGGCAAUGUAGGUCCCAUAGUUACGAUUUUUUUUUUAUAGGUUAACAUAAAGUUACAGUUUGCUAUAAUAUUAUUUUUAAAGCAAAAUAUGCGUACAAUUUGCGGAAAUAAAAUAUAAUAAAACCCUGUUUUCGCCAAAAAAAUGAAGAAAACUCGGAAGGUAUUUUAUCAGUUUUUUCAAAUGAAUCUUCGAUUGUUAAUCAUUCCAGCCCCUCGUACGAGAUAUGUUGAAUCAAAUUGUAGUCAUUCAUGUACCAAAUGAUUCUUGUUUAUAGCAAAAUUGAGAACCGAAACGCCACAUCUCACUGCAAAAUUUGGAAAAGACUCCCAAAAAACCUCAUUAAAAAAGAGGUUUAAAAGAGAAAAUGAAAAUUUGAACUGUUGGAGCCCCUAGUUUAGGAAACGAUUAUUUAAGUACGUUAUCAGUUUUUGAAUAAAUACUAAUAGUUACGUCGUAAUCUUGAAUGAAAAAGGAAGCAUUUUACAAAAUACGCUCGUCUGUAGGAAUAAGGACUCUUAAGUGUUUUCAACUUUUGCAAGUGAUACCUAUAUUUUGUUAUGUAUACCUAAGCAUGUAAUAACAUUAUAAGCAUAUGGGGAAGUGUUAAUUUUUACAUAUGGUAUUGUUGGUAUGCUCAUAAUGUGUCACUCGCGUUUUGCAUGCUGGUAACUCUCUCUCCCCUUUCAAGAUGCUGAACUGUGAGCAUCUAUAUUUUUCUCUCCAUGUACAUUAAAAUUAUUCAAGUUAAUUGUAGUCAUCCGUUGUUUUUUCUAUGUGGUGUGUGGAGUUAGGAGGAACGUCUUAACUUAAACUAGGCACUCAGACAGCCAAAGCUUUUGUCUUAUUUCAACCAAAACUUAUAUCUCUAAACAUCUACAUGGUUAAUAUAAAAUUAUAUCUGAAAAAUGAAGUGACGAAAUAUAAUUGAUGAUCAAACGAACUUCUUGAAGUGAAGUUCGAUCGAUAUUAUAUGAGUCACUUCAUUUGAAGAUAUAAUAUAAGGUCCCACCCACCCUAGAACCCUGAUAUAAGUUUUGGUUCUUGCCUUCUCUAAAAAUAAUAAAGAGCGCAGCGGUCGCCGCACGCAGGUAACCAGUAAGCGGAAGUGGGUGGAAGUUGGUUUUCACAGUUUUAAUUAAAAUAGUUACUCUUAAAUCUGCGAAGAAAUUCAAAGGUGUAUGUGAAGUCCCCAAUCCGCAUUGGGCUAGCGUGGGGACUAUAGCCCGAGCCCUCUCGCACAUGAGAGGAGGCCUGUGCCCAGCAGUGGGACGUAUAUAGGCUGAAUUAUUAUUAUUAUUAUUAGUUACUCUUAAAUGUGUGCGAUGCUAUCUGUACAAUAGGGAAACUACAUGGUUAAUAUAAAAUUAUAUCUUCAAAUGAAGUGACUCAUAUAAUUAAUAAUCAAACGAACUUACCUGUGAAGUUUGAUUACAAUUAUGCGAGUAUCCAAAUCCAAGACAACAAAUAUAAUUUACUAGCAGCAGUACACGUUAUCGUGCAGUCCAAGUCACACAUUUUAGAGAUUAUAGUAUUUAAAAAACAAGUUCGCGCUGUCCCUCUCACUCGCUACGCUGCGUUCCUACUUCAACAUCGCUCCUCCAGUACUCAUUAUUUCAGAGUUAUUUUUGUGUUAUUAACAGAGACUAUUUUAUUUUCAUUUUUGGGGAUGGGGGGCGGGUCUUUGUUGUCUUGGAUUUGGAUACUCGCAUAAUUGUAAUCAAACUUCACAGGUAAGUUCGUUUGAUUAUUAAUUAUACUUCGUAUCCAAAUCCAAGACAACAAAUAUAAUUUACUAGCAGAUGUUCAGAGCUUUGUAUUUAAAUUCAAAUCCUGAAUGCGAAAAUAAAAUAAAAUAUCGAUAUCAAAUCAGUAUGAUGAACAUACUGAUAUUAUUGAUUUUGACUAAAGAGAACGACGUACCACCUAGAAGUUAUUAAUUUAUAUCCAAUUUAAAUAAUUAUUUAUGUAUCCACAUAGUAUAAAUGUAAAAUGUAUGUAUAGCAUAAUAAAAUUAAGGAGUGAAAUUGCUCUUGGUAUUUCAUUUCGUUAAUAUUAAAAAAGUAUAAAACUUUCUUUGAUUUCACUGUAGUAUAUUGAUAAAGUUGUAUAUAUCUUAAUAUUCACAAGGUACAACUAUUUUUAUGUCAUUUACAAGCCAGGACGCCAUUAAGUGUAAAUGUGUUUUCAAGCUUUAGUUGGCUCUAAAUAAGUUUUAGAAGGGCAUUUUCUGUCUGUAACCAUAUAAACAAACCAUUUUGUAUAAUUUAGAAUUUACCAACCAUUCUCUGGAUGUAAUUACAACGGAGACAAACAAGCAUACGGCCUGCCUGAUGGUAAACAAUCACCGUAGCCUAUGAAUGCCCGCUACUGCAGAGGUAUAUUACAUGCGCGUUACUGACCCUAAAAUAUAAUCUAAUUUUAUGUUAUGACACUUUAAAGUUAAUUUUGAAUACAGCAAUCAAUACUUUCCUCGGUAAAUAGCCUUUGAGUGAGGUAGAUAAAGGAGAAUUUUCUUCAUUGUAAAGCUACCAUAAAUAUCAAGGCUAUAUGUAAGUACUUUAAAACUAAGUCUGGACAAUUACUAGUAGAGUAUCCUGUAGGUAUUAAGUAUUUGAAACUUAUCACUAUAGACUAAUUUUAGUUAUUACCACAGAUCAAGAAAUAGUAAUAUGAUAUUAUUUAUAACUAAAUAGCUAAUCUCAUCUGCUUAUGCGUAUCUGAACGAUGAUGGCUACUACGCUAACAACUGGCAAGGAACUUUUAGGUAGAUUAUGUGUUGAGUUAUGAUAUAUUUGUGAACAAAAUAUCUGGCAUGACUUGUAACUUGUACUUCAUUUUAAGGAGUAACAUUUUUUAACGUUACCUACAAUAAAACUGUACAGUGUGCAUUGCGACGAAAAAUGAAAACUAUUUAAGCUUUCUUUUACAGCAAGACAAUAUGACAACCCGAGCAUUUACAUUUCAGACAAUAAUAAUGUUAUUGUUAAAGGAUUUCAACCCUUUAUUGCGAUUAUUAAUCUAGCUACUUAGCGCAAGCGACUGCAACACGUGGCAGCAUAACUCUAGUUGCAUGGUUGCACAAUUUGCAGCACUUAUUUCGCGUCGCGGGAUAGUGCAUCAACGGCGGUUCACCUCUUGUUUGAUGCGGCGAUGUUCCCCUGAAGUUUGGAGCUGAGAAUCCGUAAGUAAAUUGUACCGGAUUUAUUACAUUAGGCUCGUUGAUAUGGUAUAUUCUUGACAGCAUAUCAAAGCUGACGUUUGAAGUUAUUAGGAGUAUAUAACAGCGUGAUAUGAGUACGAAUCAUAAAUUUGGGUUAAAGGGUUUACAGAUAUAUUUUUUCCUAUAUGUUGUUUACAUACAGCAUUUCUUUGUCUGUAAGGGCAAUGACAUUGCGUACAUUUUGUUUAAGGUAUUUUAGGCCGCAUUAACACCUAUUAAAUUACCUCAGCGUAACAAGAACCUCCUUUAUAUUUCAUUAUUUUCCUGUAAACUUUAGCUCAACCUUAAAUAUUUUUGCUCUUUAGUCCCUUAUAUUUACAUGCGUAAAGCUACUUCCAAUACUAUUAAAGUCUUCAAUCAUUACAUUGGCAUCAACACUGUUAUAGUAGAGCAACGUUAUAUAUCUUUAACGAUAUCAUUUUGAGAUAUGUAUAAUGACCGACUGUAGACCGAAGAGCGAAGUGACCGAAGAGCGUAGCGACCGAAGUGCGAAGCGACCGAAGAGCGAAGCGACCAAAAGGAGCAAAGCAACCGAAGAACCAAAUGACCGAAGCAUUAUAACCUCGACACUUAAAAUGAAGCACAUAUAGCCUCGACGCUGCGGAAAUGGAGGCCUCGAUACGAUUAUUGUGGAAUUGUAUAGUAUAUAUAACUUAAAGUGCGGCAUAUAUCUUCGUCACUGCGACAGCGGACCCCUUGACACAAUUAUUGUGGAGUAAUGAUAGCAUCCUCACUAUGACGUGGGGCAAACUUAGCCUCAACACUACGACAGCAGAGCCCUCGACACAAUGAUUGUGGAGUAAUAAUAGCCUCCUCACUAUUAAAGUGGGGUACAUAUAGCCUCGACGCUGUGAAAGCGGAGCCCUCGACACAAUAUUGUGGAGUAAUGAUAGCCUCUUCACUAUUAAAGUGGGGCAAAUAUGGCUUCAACGCUGUGAAAGCAGAGCCCUCGACACAAUGACUGUGGAGUAAUGAUAGCCUCUUCACUAUUAAAGUGGGGCAAAUAUAGCUUCGACGCUGUGAAAGCGGAGCACUCGACACAAUGGUUGUGGAGUAAUGAUAGCCUCAUCACUAUUAAAGUGGGGCAAAUAUAGCUUCAACGCUGUUAAAGCGGAGCCCUCGACACAGUGAUUGUGGAGUAAUGAUAGCCUCAUCACUAUUAAAGUGGGGCAAAUAUAGCUUCGACGCUGUUAAAGCGGAGCCCUCGACACAAUGGUUGUGGAGUAAUGAUAGCCUCAUCACUAUUAAAGUGGGGCAAAUAUAGCUUCAACGCUGUUAAAGCGGAGCCCUCGACACAAUGAUUGUGGAGAAAUGAUAGCCUCUUCACUAUUAAAGUGGGGCAAAUAUAGCUUCGACGCUGUUAAAGCGGAGCCCUCGACACAAUGGUUGUGGAGUAAUGAUAGCCUCAUCACUAUUAAAGUGGGGCAAAUAUAGCUUCGACGCUGUUAAAGCGGAGCCCUCGACACAAUGAUUGUGGAGUAAUGAUAGCCUCAUCACUAUUAAAGUGGGGCAAAUAUAGCUUCAACGCUGUUAAAGCGGAGCCCUCGACACAAUGAUUGUGGAGUAAUGAUAGCCUCAUCACUAUUAAAGUGGGGCAAAUAUAGCUUCGACGCUGUGAAAGCGGAGCCCUCGACACAAUGGUUGUGGAGUAAUGAUAGCCUCUUCACUAUUAAAGUGGGGCAAAUAUAACCUCGACGCUGUGAAAGCGGAGCCCUCGACACAAUGAUUGUGGAGUAAUGAUAGCCUCUUCACUAUUAAAGUGGGGCAAAUAUAGUACCAUGUCGACAUCUCAUUUUUAAGAAAAUAUUUAUUUAAUAUGUGUUUUAAUUUUGAACUAUUAAUUAAUGUGCAUUAUAAAAUUACAUUAAAACUUUAAUCAACACAGUUAAUACCGAUUUUCUGUUUGAUGAAUAUCUUGUUGCACAGUAAACCUAAGCUUCUAAGUACUCACGGAAAGGAGAAUUAUUAUUAGACGGAGUCCACAAUAUUACACAAAUCAAGUAUAUCUUUCCAUAAUAUAUUUCAUUUUAAAAUUAUAUUAUAUUAUGUUAAUCAAAGCUGUCUAAUAAUAACAAAGCGGGUAACUAACUGAUGAUCAAAUUUAGGAGGCGACCACAUCGAUUGGACCCAAGACUCGACGAUACCGCGAUGUCCGAUUAAAGCCUACUACCUAAUCCGUCAUGAUCCAUACGAUAGAUUCACUAUGGCCCUCAUAUGGGGCAUGGGGCGCACGGUAUCGGAGCACGCAUAGCACGUCCCGUUUGUAUACGUCGAUUAAUGGCAUUAAACACUUUAAACUGUCAGUCAGACUAAAUAGUCUUCCAAUGUCUUAUAGAUUGUGUAUUGAUUGACAUUACUCCUGUAUAUUUAUACCUAUAGCUAUCCUCAUAAGACGCUCAUUAAACUUGUCGGUACUGUGUAUGUCAUAGUCAUAGUAUCUUUAUUCAUGAACAAUACAGAAUUGUGUUUGAAUAUAUGUACAUAAAGUGAAAAACAUGAGAAAAACAACAACAAAGAACCUACAAGUAAACAAAUAAAUAUCAGUCUAAAAAUACGGCAACAUUUAAAUACUAAAUAAUAACAAGAGAAACAAUACUUAAGACUUAAACAACAUUAAACACUUCAUCUACCGUAUAAAAACAUCCUCUCAACAAAAACUGUUUCAAUUUGUGUUUGAAGAUAUUAUACUUUGAAAUUGUUUUAAGCUCUUCAGGUAAUUUGUUAAAUAAUUUAACAGCCUGGUGUCUUGUACAGUGCUCCUCUACUUUCGAUAAUGGACGGAAGUUAACUUUUAUAUUUUUGGUGCGCGACACUUUGCGCAUCUCCUGUUCUUCAUCAGUUUCAAAUCUAGAGCUAUGUUUAACGAGAUCCGUGAGUAAUAUAAGCACAUAUAAACUAGGCACCGUAAGGAUACCAAGUUUUUGAAAAUAUUGCCUGCAAGAUGUCCUUUGUGGGAUGCGAAACAUGAUUCUAAUAGCUCUUUUUUGAGAAAUAAGAGCUCGUGUACAUUUGCAUAAUGACGCGUUUUGUUAUCAUUCAUAGGCACUUAUUACCAAUCGGCAAGGAUUACCAUUGUUAUCUGUUUUAUUGUAUGGUAGGGUAGAUCGGACAUGGUAAAAGCCGCUUUCGUGAAACGAUUACCUAGUAUAUAUUAACUUUAUUCAGAUAUGGUUUGUAUAUUUAAAUCUGUACGCGAAAGCAUCUCGUAAAAAAAAAUUGUGAGUGAACAUUGCAUUUUAUGCAAUCAUAAAAUGAAAUCUAAAUAAUAUUAUAUUAGUAAAUAAUACUAUAAUAGUACGUAUUACAAUUAUUUAAAGUUCAAAUUGUAAUCUAUUUGUAGCCCCAUACUUAUUUUUCCGUAAUUUAUUUAUUCAAAAAAGAAGGUAGUUGUAGUAAAUGAUUUCGUAUGAACGUAAAAAUUACUUACUUCAUUUCUUAGGUAAUAAGUUUAUUACGCUAAACGAAUAUACCUACAAUUUCAAAUUGAAAGUUUAACUGCCAUGUAAGUAUGGCAAACGAGACUAGACUUGCCGAGCUGAAUAAACAUCAAUUUUUCGUUCGAGGGUACGGCGGUCGGCAGUUCAAAUAAUGUUUUGAUUCUAUACUUCUUAUUCAGCGCACAAUAAACAUUAAUCGAAACACAAUUAGGUACACAUAUUUAGAGGAACACUAUUUUGGCGAAAAUACGUGUGACUCGGACUAACACAAAAACAUGUAAUGAGUACUGGAGGAGCGAUGUUGAAGUAGGAACGCAGCGUAGCGAGUGAGAGGGACAGCGCGAACUUGUUUUUUAAAUACUAUAAUCUCUAAAAUGUGUGACUUGGACUGCACGAUAACGUGUACUGCUGCUAGUAAAUUAUAUUUGUUGUCUUGGAUUUGGAUACGAAGUAUAAUAUUGAUCGAACUUCACUUCAAGAAGUUCGUUUGAUCAUCAAGUAUUACAAAUUCAAAUCGUUAAACUGUACAUGUUUAUUUCACCUAUACAAAUUAUAUUUACUUUUUUAUUAAUAAACUAAUGUAAAAUAUCAUAUUUUGUGUACGCCAUUAUAGAUGAUUAAACGAACUUUCCUAAAGUGAAGUUCGAUCACUAUUAUAUGAGUCGCUUCAUUCGAAGAUAUAAUGUUUUAACAGGUAGUCCCUUAAACCUACAGACAACUAGCACGCUUUUAGAGUAUUUCAUUUGAUUCAAAAUCGGUAUUAGUAGUUCCGGCGGCCGCCACCUGGGGGUGGGGCGCUGCCGUAGACUUCAUUUUUUAGAGUCACGAACAAAACUUUAUUUUUUGGGUCACCUAGGGAUGGGUGGGUGAUUAUAUUUAUAUCUUCGAAUGAAGCGACUCAUAUAAUAGUGAUCGAACUUCACUUUAGGAAAGUUCGUUUAAUCAUCUAUUAUAUUUCAUCGCUUCAUUCUCGAUAUAAUGUUUUAACAGGUAGAUGUUUAGAGUUGAAAGUUUUGUGAGAUAAUAAAAACUGUUUUUAAUAUUCCUUGUUUUUAUUUUUAUAUACUUGUUUAACAUGCCUAAUAAUCACAAAAAUUAUAUUAUAUGCAGUUAUGCACUACAGUUAACAUUUAGGAAUCUACAUUGUCACUUACAUUGGUUUCUGGGAAACAAAUCGAUCUAGCGAAAUCAUAAUCAUCAGUACAAUUGAUUAUUGGUCGGUUGUAGAAUUUGGCAAAGGUUUUAGAGGUGCUGGUCCAGCCAGCCGCCUUUCUGAUCGUAUCUAGGCUGAUUCCAGCCGCAAAAGCCGUUGAAGUAGCGGAGUGGCGAGUACUAUGAGCACCAAACACCGUGACAUCCACACCACUUUCAUGCAAUACUUGUUUGAUCCACCUACUUAGGGUUUGACUGCUAGCGCUAGCGGCCUUGUGAGGUCGCUUAUAUGUCAGGAAAAGCGUUCCCGUGCUACUAACCCUUAAAUUUUUCGUGACAAAAAUAUAAUCCUUAAGGGUCGUAGCUGGGCAGAUACUUAAUUUUUCUCGGAAAAAUGGCAAAUUUAAUAUGGGUUGUUCUCGGCCUACAGCGGAAGUUUUAAUUAUGUCGAUUAUGGCAAUUUUUAUUCCACCUGGAAUUUCUGUAAUAUUUUCUAGUUUUAUGAGUGACAGGGUUUGCACUCUGUAAUAAUAAUAAUAAUAACCAGGCGUUCGCGGGGACGGAUAUCAGGCCCCGCGACUACAUGGCCAAUGUCACAGAGCGCAUCGACUUUCUAAAGCAGAAAGUCUAUGCAUGGGCAAACCGUAUUCGCCGCUACAGAGAGCGUGUGGACCGAUUCCAGCAGAAUCGUCUUUUUCAAAGUGACCAAAGGAAGGUAUACAGAAGGUGGGAGAAAACCGACCCUCAUGUGUCCGACGUGCGGCUGCCGGAUGCCACUGCCAUGACUGAUUUCUGGCGUAGCAUCUGGUCGGUGCCCGUUGAACACACGGAGGGCGAGUGGAUAAACGUUGUCGAACGUGAGUGCGAGAAUAUCGAACCUAUGGGGGCUAUCACCAUCAGCCCCGAUGACGUAAGUUGUGCCAUCCGUACGGUUCAGAACUGGAAAAGUCCUGGACUAGACGGAUUGCACAACUUCUGGCUAAAAUGGUUUCGGUGCUCGCACUCACGGUUGGCAACGCAGUUCCAACAAGCCCUCGAGCUUGGUUCCCUCCCUCCUUCCCUAAAAACUGGAGUAACCUUCCUGCUCUACAAGUCCGGUAGUAUCACGGAAGCGAAGAACUACAGACCCAUCACGUGCUUGCCUACACUUUACAAGCUCCUUACAUCCACUUACAGGCCUAUGAUUCGGUGCCUCACUCAUGGCUGGGGAGGGUCUUAGAGCUGUAUAAAGUUGAUACAGCUUUAAGAGCCUUCCUAAGCGCGUGUAUGAGGCAGUGGACCACAGUCCUUCGUCAGGCGGGGAUGACCACCCUGGCCCGCACGAUUUUAUAAGGAUUGAGCGAGGAAUAUUCCAGGGUGAUAGUCUGAGUCCCCUGUGGUUCUGCCUAGCUCUGAAUCCCCUCAGCACCCUGCUGAAGGAUUCGGGACUAGGUUGCCGGCUUCGGAGAGAGGGUGAAAUCGUUUUCUCACCUUCUGUACAUGGAUGACCUCAAAUUAUUUGCACCAAAUAGCCAAGACUUGUUGGAGCUACUGAAAACCACCGAAGUCUUCAGUAGUGCCAUCAACAUGGAGUUUGGUGUCGAUAAAUGUGCAGUUAUGCAUGUACAGCGGGGGAAGGUUGUAAAUUCAACAAAUUUACAAUUUUCUGAGGCAAUGGCUUUCAGAUCUAUCUCUGAAUCAGAAACCUACAAAUACCUUGGUAUGUCACAGUCGUUGGGUAUUGAGGAUGAGGGUAUUAGACAGUCGGUGAAGGAACGCUUUUUCAGUCGGCUCACAAAAGUCCUUAACAGUCUUUUGUCAGGAGGCAACAAAGUGCGCGCCUUCAACGCCUGGGUAAUGCCCCUGCUCACAUACUCCUUUGGCAUACUAAGGUGGACUCAGACCGAGCUGGACGCCCUGGAUCGGAGGGUCCGACUACUGCUAACCACACACCGUAUGCUACACCCACGCUCGUCAGUUAUGAGAUUGUACAUCCCACGGAAGUGUGGAGGUCGAGGCUUCCUAAACGCCAAAGAUCUCCACAACCGCGAGGUGUGCAAUCUCAGGAAUUAUUUCCUUAACAAAGAGUGUGGGAUGCAUCGUGAUGUGGUGGCAGUAGACAGGAACCUCACGCCGCUCUCCUUGGCAAACGAGAACUGGCGCAAACCUGUGGUACUAAGUACUGCGGAUCGCAAGGCGGCAUGGGAGAGUAAGGUGCUACACGGGCGGUUCUACAAGGCCCUCACGGGACCCGACGUGGACCUGCUCGCGUCGGUGAACUGGUUACGAUUCGGGGACCUCUUCGGAGAAACCGAGGGUUUUGCCUGUGCAAUUGCGGAAGUGAUGAUGACGAACAACUAUCGGAAAUAUAUCCUGAAAGACGGUACGCUCGACAUUUGUCGGGCAUGCCGCCGUCCCGGAGAGUCACUCAGGCAUAUAAUUUCCGGUUGUUCUCAUCUUGCUAACGGCGAGUACUUGCACAGACAUAAUCUCGUAGCCAGGAUUAUUCACCAGCAACUUGCUCUUCUAUACGGCCUUGUGGACCGCGAAGUACCGUACUACAAGUACUCACCUGCGCCAGUUCUCGAAAAUGGUCGUGCCACGCUCUAUUGGGAUCGAUCUAUCACUGACAGGACUAUUGUAGCCAAUAAGCCUGACAUCGUGAUAAUAGAUCGAUCGCAACGCCGGGCCGUGCUCGUCGACAUCACCAUCCCCCAUGAUGAGAAUCUCGUGAAAGCCGAGAAGGACAAGUCCAGUAAGUACCUAGACUUGGCUCACGAGAUAACCGCCAUGUGGGAUGUUGAUUCGACGAUCAUUGUCCCGAUAGUCGUUUCAGCGAAUGGUCUCAUAGCGAAGAGUCUCGACCAACACCUUGAGAGACUCUCGCUAGGUGGUUGGAUCAGGGGUCAGAUGCAGAAGGCGGUGAUCUUGGACACGGCGCGGAUAGUCCGCCGCCCGGUUCCUCUCUCUGCGGCCCUGACCACCGGCAGCUUGGGCCCUGCCCCGCUGCUGGCGGCACCCUAGCUUAGGUUUUUUAUAAUGUGUUUAUAUGUAUUUUGUAUUAUUUUUGUAUGAUUUGUUGUAUUUUACUUUUAUAUUCAUAUUAUAAAAUGCCUAAUCUAAGACACAAGAUAAAUAAAGAGAUAA